UUAAAACGCUCGUGUUCAGAGCUGUAUCUUUUAUUGGUCUGAGUAGUUUGUUUAGGAAACUUCUUAAUAUUUGUCAAUAUUCAACAUAACAAAAUUACGAUGGAAAGUAAAAAGCUCACAUUUACCGAAACAAUCAAUCUACGUAAUAAGUAUGUCGGGAAAUCUUGCGAAUUGUUUUAUAAGAAGAAUCCUUUGAAAAUUGUUCGCGGCCAAGCACAGUAUUUGUACGACCAAGACGGAAGAGAAUACUUGGAUUGCAUCAAUAACGUAGCCCACGUUGGCCACUGUCAUCCGGAUGUGGUGAAAGCGGGCGUAGAACAAAUGCAACAGUUGAACACCAACAGCCGGUUUCUGCACGAUAACUUGGUGGUGUGUGCGGAGAAGCUUGUGUCGAAAAUGCCGGAAUCGCUUUCCGUCUGUUUCUUCGUCAAUUCCGGUUCCGAAGCAAAUGACUUGGCAUUGAGGUUAGCCCGUCAACACACCGGCAACACCGACGUCAUCACACUGGACCAUGCGUACCAUGGUCACUUGACUUCACUAAUUGACAUAUCACCAUACAAACUAAAUUUGCCUGGAGCUCCAAAAAAACCAGAUUACGUGCACAUAGCUCCAGUUCCGGAUGUAUAUAGAGGUAAAAUAAAAGCUGAUGAACAUCCCGACGAAGAUAUGGGCAAAUUGUAUGCUAUGGAAGUUAAAAAAAUUAUUGACGAAAAUGUGAUUGGACAACGCGGUGAACAAGUGUGCGCUUUCAUCGCAGAAAGCUUACAAAGCUGUGGUGGCCAAAUUAUAUUACCACAUAAUUAUCUGCGAGAUGUUUAYACAUAUGUGCGGGAAGCCGGUGGUGUGUGUAUUGCAGAUGAAGUUCAAGUGGGAUUCGGCCGAUCGGGUACGCACUAUUGGGCGUUCCAGAUCGACGGACCGGACGUAUUACCCGACAUUGUGACCAUUGGAAAGCCAAUGGGCAAUGGGCAUCCGGUGGCUGCCGUCAUCACCACGGAAGCCGUGGCCCGCAGCUUCGAAGCCACUGGUAUUCAAUAUUUUAACACGUACGGCGGAAAUCCCGUGUCGUGCGCAAUAGCCAUCGCCGUGAUGUCCGCCGUCGACGAAGAACGGAUGGUGGACAACGCCAAAGACGUGGGCGGGUACCUGCUGUCCGAACUCGAAAACAUGCAACAAAAGUUCCCGGACGUGAUCGGAGACGUACGCGGUGUCGGACUGUUUGUGGGCAUAGAACUGAUAAUAGAUCCGAAAACCAAGACUCCGGCCACGGCGGAAGCCCGAGAUGUCGUGGACAGGUAAAAGCCAAAUGUUGUUUGUYAACG